GUGAGGUUUUUAUUUCGUAUUCAUAUUCUUGAAAAAGAAACUUUUGAUACUUAUGCGAGUUCCUAUUCUCACAAAACACUGUAAAACUGCUUAAUUUGCCUAAAGUCCUCAUGGGGUGAUCUGGUAUCCGUCAGCCAUAGCUGUGUCGACAUUUUUAGUUUUUCUAAAAGCGGAAAAGUAUCCGCAAUUGAGGCGACUUCAAAAGCUCUAAGGAGAAGGCUUUUCUUCGGAUAUUCUUCAGCGGUAAGUUCCUUUGCCGAGCUCCUAGCCUUUCCAGAUCAGUCUACGGCAAAAAAUGGCAUUUUCUCGGCUCAAACAAUAUGGUGUUAAAGAAACAGACGAAAAGUUUGACAAACUUCAGUAUGAAAAUAUUCCAACUUCAGAUAGAAAAGAUAGCGGACAAACUUACAAUGUUUCGGAAGCUGUAGAGAAGUUAGGAUUUGGGAUGUUCCAAGCGCGACUUAUCGGAAUUGUUGGAUUCUUUGUUAUAGCUGAUGCAUUGGAAAUGAUGCUCCUCUCUAUAUUAGCACCAACGAUUCGAUGUUUAUGGCAUCUGGAUUCUGUAGAAGAAGCAUUCAUUACGACAGUUGUGUUUGUCGGGAUGAUGAUAGGCUCUUCAUUCUGGGGAUGGAUUGCAGAUUCACUCGGUAGAUUCCCGACCGUAAUCGUCUCAGCAGCCUGGAUAUUUUACUUUGGACUUCUAAGUGCAUUCUCUCCUCAUUAUUACUGGAUCAUUUCCCUUAGAUGUUUGGUUGGAUUUGGUAUUGGUGGAUCCCCACAGUCGACGACCUUAUUAUCAGAAUUCCUGCCCGCAAAGUCCAGAGCCAUUUGCAUCUUAUCUUUAGCUAUAUUUUGGGCCAUUGGUUCCACGUUCACCGUUGCCGUGGCAAUGGCUGUCAUGCCUACUUUAGGUUGGCGGUGGCUUUUAGCGAUACUCAGCCUUCCGCUGCUGAUUUUUCUAAUCAUGAGCAAGUGGUUACCAGAGUCUGUUCGGUUCUACCUGGCUGCGGGAGACCGCGAGAAAGCCAUUCAAGUGCUAAAACAAUGUUCUAGAAUAAACAAGAAAGAAUUACCUCCAGGGGAACUAAAAGAUGCUAACACUAACAAACCAAGAGGACGAAUAGUAGAUUUAUUUCUUGGUGGACAAUGGAAAACGACUAUAUUAUUAUGGAUUAUCUGGUUUAAUUUAGCAUUUUCAUAUUACGGGAUCGUGCUGACUACGACGGAACUUUAUCAAAGCUAUUCAGAGACAGGCAAAUGUGGUGAAAAGAGUAAAGCAGGAAUUGCUGAUUGUGGAUGUAGCCUCCUCACGAUGCGAGACUACAUUGACAUGAUGUGGACCACAUUAGCUGAAUUCCCAGGUAUAAUAGUUACUAUGUUAAUAAUCGACUAUCUUGGGCGCAAGAAGACUGCUGCCAUCGAAUUUUUAGCUACAGUUAUAUUCUAUGUACUGCUGAUGUUUUGUAGUGGCAGGGGUUUCAUGACGUUUUGUAUAUUUGGUGUCCGCGGGUUCAUUUCGGGAGCAUUUCAGACAUUCUUCGUGUAUACACCCGAGGUCUAUCCUACAAUUAACAGGGCUUUGGGCUUGGGUUGCUGUAGUGCAAUAUCGAGAAUAGGCGCCAUGCUUACGCCAUUCGUUGCUCAAGUAUUACUUAAAGUUUCGGCUAAACUCGCCCUGGGUAUGUACGCCUUCUUGUCUGCCAUCUCUAUCAUAGCUACGCUUCUACUUCCUAUAGAAACAGGGGGACGAGCCAUGGUGGAAACGUGACCCGAACAGCUCUACAGCUACUCAAAUACAUCAAAAGGAAACAUAAAUAUGGAAAGACACAAAUGAGAUAUUUAUACAGUACGAAUUAAGAGAUAAUAGUAAAGUAAAGGAUAUUCAAUUUAUGCACAACAAAGAUUAAUAAUAAUGGCUGGCUCCAUUACAUUGUUAUAAAAUAACACUCGUUUCCCUUAUUAUUAAAGGCUCAACUUUAUACAUGCAUUCCCAUCUCUAAUAUCAAUCAAUGUACAGUACAUAGGAUACACUGAAAUAUUUGGAACAGUUAAUAGUGUAUAAUUAAUGCACAAUAGACAUCACUUUCCCAAUGUAUCGUGAUGCUUUGUAUGUAAAUGCUUCUGAAGGCAUUGGUGCCCUAUCAUUUCUAUGACAAAUACAUGUAAAUAAUAUGCUGUGCCUAAUUUUCACUUAAUGUUUUAGGUCUUUUUGGGUAAAUAAAGAUUUCAAAUGACUACUAA